AUGCCACCGUACUGGAACCCAUGCUCCUAUCUCCCGCGCCGGCUACAGAUCGUAGCCUCCCUUACCACCUUCAUCCUACUCUGCUUCCUCUUUCUCGGAAGCACAAGCAGAGAAGACACCGAUCCUUACUUGGACAAAGUACCAUUCGGGUCGCAAAUACAACAAGGCGCACACCAGGUAGUGGACAACCUACCGAAACUGCCCAACGUUAACACACCGCAAUGGCUCAACCCUUUCCGAGCACCCGCGCAUACACCACCUCCGGAGCAAGCGAACAGCAGCAGUGGCGAGGCGAGAUGGUAUACGGACUUCAAGUGGCGCAACCCUUUCUCCAGCAGUGUGACGCUGGACGAACAGAGAGCAGUCCUGCCGCCAUUACCUGACAGACCGCCAGUGUACACCUACUAUGACCCGGGCGCGGGACGGAAAGAUGAGCAUAUGAAGCAAACCGAGCAAGAUUUGUUGCAGAUAUGGCGGCGAGCAUGGUGGGCGCAGGGCUUUAAGCCGGUAGUGUUGGGAAGACCGGAAGCGAUGAACAACCCGCUGUUUCGCCAAGUGCAAGGAUUACAGCUUGAGCCGGAGUUGGAUUUGGAGAUGAUGAGAUGGCUGGCUUGGGGCAACAUGGGAUCGGGCAUCUUGAGCAACUGGCUCGCGGUACCCAUGGCGCCCUUCGAUGACCCACUUCUGACGUUUCUGCGAAGAGGCGAAUAUCCCGAACUCACCCGGUACGAAGGACUGGAGAAUGGCAUAUUCAUAGGCAGCCGUGAUGCCAUCGACAGCGCUAUCAAGGCAGCCAUCGCCGAACCGACCAUUAAGACUAAGAAGUCUGUCGUCGAAGCGUUGCCCGGUAAGGCCUUCCGCAUUGACUCCAACAACGGCGGCAUAGCCUUCUACAGCACUGGCACAAUCAAGGAGAAGUACUCCGCCAUCUCCGCCAAACUCUCCAAUCCCUCGCUCAUAGGCGAAGGCCUCGCCAUGCUCACCGAGCUGAUCAACAGCCAUCUCCAUACCAUUUGGCAGAACACCUUCAGCUCCGGCAUAGCGGUGUUGAAGCCGCUACCCGAACACAGUACGGCUAUGAUCGAGCCCGCACUUGACCUCGCCCGGAACUUGACGCAGUGCGCGGCAAGCCCGAUCCCAGCUUCCUGUCCUCCCAAUCGACCGAGGUGUAAGCCGUGCGUUAGCGAUCGGAUGCAGAUCCACACGCCGCCCGUUUUUCGUAACACGAGCACGCUUUUCACCAUCGCCACUGUUCCGCAUCCGUACACGAUGACCUCGCUCCUGCAUGAACGGGACGACCUCUCCGUGCGCUUCGUGCGGCGCGAAACCGCGCGAGACCAGUGGAUAACGGCCGCCACAAAGGAACUGCUAGGCACGGGUCUCAGUUCGUUCAGUCGACUAGUCAGUGUGAAGGACGCGGUGGCGAGCGAUUACGGAGCAGCGCACAGCCUCUGGCUUACCGCCGAGCGACCACCGGACAAAACGAGUGAGAAGGACCUGGAGGAGCUGGACUUCAUCUUCGGGUUUACGCUCCCCCGCACGCCAACUGAGGAUGGUAAGAGUGAAGACCCCGUACCUCGUCCCAAUCGCGAGAAGCCUCCUUCUCUCCCACCCACGGACUUCGGAGAAGGUAUGGUGCUUUCAGGCCCUCAGCUGGAGAAGGAGAGAUCACUGCUAGAGAGGGCGAAGAUGUUGUUACGAAGAGCGGGCUCUACGCGACAGAUCGUAGGCAAGCAGAGCAGUAACCCGGCCGCCAGAAUGAGAGGAGUCGUGGAGGCGUGGAAUCUGGCGGACACGGAAGCGUGGAAGUUCGUGAGAGCGUUCAAUGCCCGACGACGGCUCGAACGGCGCAAGUGGGAGGAAGACGAAGACGACUUUCUCGGGAAGGGAACUUGGGAUCGGUGGGUGGAUAAAAUCAUAUGA